AUGCAGGGCACGCGCGAGGCUCGUCACGGCUGGGCUGAGAGCUCCCAGCUUGCUGUGCCCGCGCCGUCUCCCGGAGUGCUGGUUCUCAGCGGGCCUGGCGGCUCCGGGCGCGUGGGGGCGUCGGGAGCCGGCCGCACGGGCUGCUCCGGCGCGCUUGCCGCGGGAGGCCUCGAGGGGCCCCGAGGCAUCCCGGGCUGGGUGGAGAAGCUGACCGCAGUGAUGGGCAGUCUUCCUGCAUUGCAGCUGGGACCCCAGAACACUGCCCCAAGGAGUGAGCUUUCUUUCUUGUUCUUUUGCAGCGGCAGCUGGCCCUUCGCCGCUGAGGGUCGGCCUUCUGUGUCCGUGUUUACCUCCCUGGGAGGCUGA